AAAAAUGGUACAGUUCAAGAAAUGGUAGAAGAAUUGGUGAGUGAGAUUGGACCUUUGGCCAUGCACCUGUUUGUCGCCUCGUGGCAAUAUUCGCAGUUCGUGGAAAUCAGAACAAAUAUGCCUAAUGGUUGGAUUGUUUUGACAGCAGACUUUGCUGAAAACUAUAGAACAUUCUAUCAGGAUGAAAUCCAGUCUGCUCACUGGCAGUAUCAGCAAGUAACUGUCCAUACAACAGUUGCCUAUUACAGAUGCCCACCUAGGAACUGCAAGGAUGUUGUGACUGAGAGCAUGGUGUGCUUUUCGGAAGAUCUCAAACAUGAUGCAUCAUCAGUGCAUGCAUAUUUGAUGACCCUAGAUGAACAUUUGUCAAAAUCUGUGGAAAUUGUACAUCAAGUUCAAUUUACUGAUGGAUGUAGUUGUCAAUAUAAAUCAAAAGAACCAUUUAUGGUCAUCACUUCUGAUGACUAUGACUUCACAGUGGAAAUAAAAAAUUUCGGAUCCAGACAUGGUAAGGGUCCAUGUGAUGGGUUGGGAGCUGUAGUUAAGCAGGCUACAAAAAGAGCAGUAGAAAGGAGAGAAGUAAUAGUCCGCACAGCCAGAGACAUGUACAACUACUGUGUCAAAAAUCUUACACUGGAUGAAAGCCACGUUGACAAGGAUAAAUGUUGUCAUACAUUGCGAGCAUUCUUUCUGGUGUUUGACAUCAAAAGGAAUAGGCUGAAAUUCCCACUGUAUACUUUGGCUAGAAAGAUACAUUGUGUAAGAGGAGUCCAGUCUGGUGUUGUUGAAGUGAAAAACCUGUCUUGCUUUUUGCAGGGUUUGUGUAGGAGGAAAUAA